AUGUUUAUGAUGAAGGAUGACUGUGGAGUGUUAACGUUAAAUGUGGAUAUUAGAUGUGGAGAGAAUGAGCUAUCUACUUGCCAAAAGACUCCACAAGGUCCGAUUACUGCCAAGAAGAAUGAUAAUAACGCUGAAGGAUUUGUUAGAUAUACUCACGAAAGUCUGACAUCAUUUACUCUCAGUUAUAAUGUAGAUGGAUGUGAAGAGCUAAGUGCUAGAUAUGAGAUCCCAAAUGUUACUUCAGUAUCUGCCCUUUGCUGGGUCGAUGAACUUGCUACUCCACUUCUCCUGGAAGUAGAGACUACUACAGAUACGAUAAAAGUGAAAGUAGAAGCAUUCCAGCAACAACUUGGCAGCGUCAGCAUCAUAAUAAUAUAG